UGGUCACAUGCCAGAUUAUUUACUAUUAUAGUAAUAUAGUCAAUAAUAGACUUUAGCAAAUAAAUACAAGACUUAAAACUGUGGGCCGACACUGGGUAGAGAAUUGAUCCGGUGCUCCAAUCGCACAUUCUAGAAGCAUCUGAACUUGAGAAAUUAACGAAAAUAUCAACAUACACAGUCGGUAUACUUUUAUGGAAAGGUGCUGUGUACUUUGUACAAUUGUAUUGACUUGGACAAAAAACGGCUUUCACGUUUUUCGUAUGUCUGUCAAACUUUCGCGCUCAGAAUUUGAAUUAUAAUAUAAUAUCACGGCAGUGCGCGGUGGUUCGAACGAAUUCUGUCGACGAUAGGUAUUGAUAAGGACGUUAUGUCGUUUAGUUCUACGCAAUAAUUACUAUUCCUCGCCAAUACAAUAAAUUAUUAUCUAUCAUCAUAACGAGGUAAUAACAAUAUUGUAUGUAUCAUUUCCGUCGUCCGCAGUCCGCACAAACGGUCUCGUCGCGGGUGAAAACCAACACGCCCACAUUCAAAGGCCGACAAUAUUUUUCCGUCGACUCGACCAGUGAAUUUCGUCUACUCGUACAUCUGCGUACGAAUAAUGAGACUGCAAUAGACAAUGUGCUCGGAGCACGACCGUUUGGCGGACAUGAAGAAAUACGCGGUGAAGGUUUUCGGAGAAUGCGUCAGAUCGGCGUCGCCCAGGAACAUCGUCAGAAACGCGCUGAGAUUCGAUUCGAACAAGCUUUACGUCGACUCUACGGCGUACAGCGUGCCCGGCGACGUGUACGCGGUCGGCUUCGGCAAAGCGGUGCUGAACAUGGCCCUAGAAGUGGAGGACGUGCUGAACGGCCGUCUCAAGGAGGCCGUGGUCAGUGUUCCGUUCGGUACCCAAUGGCCCGGCAAGCCGGAGCACUCCAGGGUGUGCGCCAUGGAGGCGGCCAAGAACAACGUGCCCGAUCAGCAGUCCGUGGACAACACCGAUCGCAUCGCGCGUACCGUUUCGCGUCUGCGGGCUGGCGAUCUGCUCGUCGUGCUGAUAUCGGGCGGCGGCUCGGCGCUGUUGUGUUCGCCGACCGUGCCGCUCGGCGACAAGAUCCUCGCCACCAAGCUGCUGUCGUCGGCCGGCGCGUCCAUCGAACAGCUGAACGCCGUGCGGAAGGCGCUGUCCCGGGUCAAGGGCGGCAGACUGAUCGGCUCGGUCCGGCCGGAGUGUCCCGUGGUGUCGCUGAUCCUGUCCGACGUGGUGGGCGACCCGUUGACCGCCAUCGCCAGCGGACCGACCGUGCCCAACGGCGAUCCCGACCACCUGCCGAUGAGCAUCGUCGACGGUUUCGGGCUGCGGGACGAGAUGCCUGAGACCGUGGUCGACGCGCUCCUGCGAAACGCAUCGUUCACCGGCACCGCGGCGCGAUUCGACCGGGUCCACAAUCACGUCAUCGGCAACAACGCGAUCGCGCUCCGGGCGGGCGUCCAAUACGCCGGCCGAGACUUCGAGGCCGUGCUGCUGACGACGUCCAUCCGCGGUGAUGUGGCCGCGGUGUCGGCGUUUUACUCGGAUCUCGUGGCGUACGUGUGCGACGUGUACGCGGACGGCGCGACGGACGCGAAACGCAAAGAACGGCUGAAGGUUUCGUCGUCGUCCGUAGUCGGUGGUGGCGGCGGCGGCGGCGGCGUUGACGUCGAACACCUCACCGACAGCGUGGUGGAAGCGUCGUCCCGCGGCCGCGGCCUGUGCAUACUGAGCGGCGGCGAGCCCACGGUCGUGGUCCGGGGCAGCGGCCUGGGCGGCAGAAACCAAGAGCUGGCGCUGAGGGUGGCCUUGGACUUGGGCACGGCGAGACGUCGGCACGACAGCCUGUGCCGGUUCGACGUGCUGUUCUUCAGCGGCGGCACCGACGGCAUAGACGGUCCGACGGACGCGUGCGGGGCGUUCGGUUAUCCGGCACUGGUGGACGCGGCGCUGUCCCGGGGCCUGGACCCCUCGCUGUACGUCCACGACAACGACAGCUACGGGUUUUAUUCGGCACUAGACGGCGGCGGUGUUGGCGAUCUGCUGAAAAUCGGGCACACCGGCACAAACGUGAUGGACGUACACGUUUUGAUCGUCAAGCCGAAGUUAAAUUCGUGUUCCACCGCGAAAACCGAUUACCAAUCGUGACGAGUCCGUGCUUGUGCCAGUAGAAGAUUUCGCUUUUUGACGACACAAAUGCCUAAAUAAUUAUUUAUAGUAAUAAUUAUUUUUUAAUGUUAGACGAUAAUUCAUCAACGAUAAAACAUUGAGAUGUGACAAUAAAACAAUGCUUGUUAUUCUUAAAAUGUAUCCCUAAUAUUAUGUUCUUCUAUGUUUAUGUGCUACUAUGGUAUAGAAUAUGCAUAAUAUGACGCAAGACCUUAACCAUGAACAGUGUAAAUGACGAACGGUGCCGAACAGCCGAACUGAGAUAAACUCACAUCUCUGUUACGCGUUUACAAUAAACCUAUAAAAAAAUAAUGAUGGUCAGUAAACAGUAAAAGUAAAAA